AUUUUUUUGUAAAAUUAGAGGCUCAAACUUUUAUUUUAUCUUGUGAACCAAGCCACGAGUUUCAGGCCUUAGAAGACUUCUUUUGAUCAAGAAAAAGAAAACUUUUUCUUUUCACUUUGGGUUCAUCUUCACAAGCUUUUUAAAGUCUUUGGAAAUUCAUAAAGAAGUAAAAAGGGGGGAUUUUUUUCCUUGAAAAGCAAGUGUUUUCACUUAAUUUUUGGUUAGUAAUUUCAGGAGAAUGGCAAAGAGUUAUUUCAAGCAAGAGCAUGAUCUUGAGAAGAGGAGGGCAGAGGCUGCUAGGAUUAGGGAGAAAUACCCUGAUAGGAUCCCGGUGAUCGUGGAGAAAGCGGAGAGAAGUGAUAUACCGAACAUAGACAAGAAGAAGUACCUUGUCCCAGCUGAUUUGACUGUUGGUCAAUUCGUAUAUGUCAUCCGUAAAAGGAUCAAACUCAGUGCUGAAAAGGCAAUAUUCAUAUUUGUGGACAAUGUUCUCCCUCCAACUGGUGCCAUUAUGUCUGCCAUAUAUGAAGAGAAAAAGGAUGAAGAUGGAUUUCUUUAUGUUACAUACAGCGGGGAGAACACAUUCGGGGAUCAGAUCUCUCAGUAGCCUCCGGUAAAUCCAUUUCCGAUGUGGCUUUUAUCUUUCCUCAUUUCACCGACCCCGUGUAUUACCUCCAGCCUUACCAUUUCCAUUGCCUUUGGGCCGGUAAUUUCGUUAUUGCUAGUAUUAUUUAAAGACAUGGUGGCCAUAUGGUGUACAGCUGAAUAUAUUGUAUAUAAAUUUUAAGAUUUCCAUAUAAUGUUAAAGUUCCUUUUAUUUAUCAUCCA